AUGGAGCCCCCAUCGCCAUGGAAGACACCUAAUGAAGUAAUGCGGCUUCACAAGUUGAAGAAACGAAAAAAGGCGUUACAGGAACGCAUGAAACAACCACUAUCGACAAACUCUGAAGGGUCGUCCAGUCAAACUUCAAUAGACUUAGAUAUUUCAAAAAUUUUAAAUGCUGAUAAGAGAAAGAACCCAUUUUCAAAAAACUUCCAACUACAAAAGAAGCCCAAGGUAGAACAAUAUGAUGACCAAUUGGAUGAGUCCAACGACAAAACUUUGUAUGCCUUACUGAAUUUACCUGCAAAAGUUGUUCCAAAACCUUCACAGGAUGUUGAGACAGAGAAACUGUCAACAUUCUCAAAUUUAUUGCAGAAGUUCACUGCAGAGCAUUCAGUGGAACCAAUUCCAGAAAAGAAGUACAAUUAUUUACCCAUUGACUGGGCUUUGAAAACCAAAGUUAGAUUGAUGUCACAGAAACCAUUUGCAUGGACAUCUAAGUUAAAAGCGAGUGAAGAAGCUUCCGGUAUUACUGGGUUUGUCCGCUGUCUUGAGACAACUGCAUCACCAACACUGGACACCUCCCCACGUGCCUUGUUCCAUCAAACAUGUUUGUAUUGGCAACAUCCUCAUUUACCCUGGCUGGAAUUGUACCCAAGAUCAUCUGGGAAAGUAGCAGCUACCAGCUUCCUGGCUGCCAAUGAAGAUGUUAAGAAUGCCCUGCACAAUGAAUGGACGGAGAGUUUUAGAUCACUUUUUCAGUUAUUACGAGCGCGUCACUGUCCGUACUUUUACGUAUGCGCGAACACAUUCACAUGUCUGUUCCGAGCGGGCGGCCUGUGUGGAGUGUCGGAACCCUGCGCCUUGAUCGCGCCCACUACUAGAGGGUUUCGACAGGCUCUCAGACAAGAAGAUGUUGAAUAUACAAUGCCCCUCCGACCAGAAAGCAAAAAACGUCUUAACACUUCCGACGACGAGCGUGUAAAGAACUCAUCGUUUGAUAGCUGCUAUGACACUAUGGAUGACAAGGGCUCAUCAGAUACUAAUUUUGAGAAGAAAGAAGAAGAGGAUGACGAAGACCCUGAUCAAUUUUUGUCAGAGAUGGGGUUUGAGACUGAAGUUAUUAAGAAAAUUAAUAUUACGCAAGCGCGGAUAGCUCACAGUGCCGAAAGCAGCGUGGACAGUGCAGCCGAGUCAAUGGUGUUCGUUCGUGGUGCGGAUGCACAAGCGCUGUUCAACUUCCUUCUCAACUGCAAGUCCAUCAUCAGUCCCACUGGACCUUUCGCUGGAGUACCACCCACUUUGUUGUCGCCAGUCGCGUUUCACGGAGGGACGUUACAGAGCUUGAAGGUCCGUGAAAACACAAUACAUUCCGAUAAUAAUAAGUACUACUCAAUAGAGCUCCGAGGGCCAAUACUCCCCACAACAAUACACACUCUCUUCAAUGUCUUAAAAAAAAGCUCAUCGGCUCAGUUCAGUGCCACCUUCGCGCAUCACCAGCCCACGUUGGCGUUCUCGUGGGCUGCCUCCAACAUCGCUGAAGAUGAGUCUUCAAAAGAAAACGAACCAAAUCAUUUUACCAAAGCAUUCAAUAAAGAGAACUUAUCUGACUGCGGUAUAAGCGAAGAUAUGCUGCAGCAUUUCUGUUCUCCUGACCCUAACGUUAUAAAGGCGAUAGACUGCGUCAAGUACAAUAUAGAGGAUGAAACAUAUACCUGGUGA